AUGAACUUCUUCGUGAAGCAGAACCGCAUCCACUCGCUCAGGCACAUGGAGCUGCAGGAGUGCGUGCAGGCCUCGCUCUUGGAGCCCUCCGCCUACACCCCGAGGUGGGCGCCCGACCCAGUCGACGUGCCGUGCAGCCAGCCCGAACUCAUGGGCACGCAGUUCGGCCUGCUCGUCAACGAGGUGUGCUUCGCGCCGCUGGCCCUGGCGAAGAUGGUGUGCGAGCUGCUCGACCAGGCCCUGAGCCUGAACACGGGCGACCCCGAGGGCUCCACCGUCGACCUGGUGCUCUUCUCGGUGCGGCUGGCCUCCCGGGUCGAGAGCUACGCCCACUUCCUGGUGGAGGUGGCGCACGACAGGCACCCGUCCGUGAAGAAGAAGGACCUGCACGUGCUCGACAGGCAGCUUCUGACGCCGGAGGCUGUCAGGGACAUGGUCCAGGCUGUGAACUUGCUACGGACCCACUUGCGCCGCAAGGCUUUCACGAUGCUGGAGGACUGGAUUCACGUGGUCGCGGAGCGGAUUGCAGAGCAAGAAGCGGGCGUGGCAGAGGAGGCCGGACAUGUCUUCGUGUCGGGAGCUGGCGAGUCGCAGCUGAACGGGACGUACGUGAAGGAGGCGCAGGGGAUGUAUGUGAAGCGCGGCGCGAGCAGCGACACGUGCACUCUGCAGCUGGCCGCGGAGGGGGAAUGGAGCUUUCACAAGAAGGGCUACAAGGACAACGCGCAACUGUACAUGUCGGCCGACCUGACGCCCACGCCGCCGGCCACGGGCUGGAAGGCCACCAGCGGCCUGAGCCCUCCUCCCACUGUCGAGCCGGCCCUCAACAGGCAGGCCAGACUGGCAUGCAAUUUCCAUGCUCACCGCUUGCUUCUUUUGCGGCACGCCAAAAAGGUCUCGACACAAGUCGCCAUCGAUGUGUUGUCCUCUUUCAUGUUCCUGGUAGUCCGGCACACGUGGAACCAAAAACCGACGGCAAUCCCGGACCCAGAGGUAUACGAAAUCAUGGGCUCAUUGCGGCGCCCACUCAUCGAGUGGAUGGAGCACAAAGACAGGUCUUAUCAGGAGUUUGGUGGCGUUCUGGACACUGUAUACAAGCUAGCGACCCGUAAGCCGCUCCUGCAUUUCACGGAGUUGAUUUGGUGCAAGGCGCAGGACCCGGAGGACCAGGGCAGGUUCGUGGCUCUCGGUAUGAGAGAGUCGUACCAGAGUGAAGCCGACGUGGCGGAGCUCCAGGGCGAGGAAUGGGCCAAGCAGACAGCAAGCAAUGGCCACGUGCCGAUAGUGGACCUGAAACAGUUGGAGCGGCGGAUCAUCGUCGAGGUAAACUGCCAGACGUUCACUCUGAAAAUGAUCAACACUGAUGGCCGCGGUGCUAUUCAGUGCGAGGUGCGAGGCUCGUACCAGUUUCGACAGGACCGCUACGUUGCAGCUGAGGGUUAUCUGCUGCACGCAUGGGUUCCUGACCAGCGGUUGCCCAUGCUGAACGCAGGUGACGUGUACGACCCUGAAGAGCUUGAACCGUCUGAAACGUGGGUUGCGGAUUUGUUCGAGCCAGUGCGCAAUAGUUUCUUUGUGAAUAUCGGCAACCCUCCACAGGACGUCACAUUUUUCUUUGCCGACCCGGACCAGGAGACCCUGGACAAGGAUGCCCAUGUAGCGGUGUUGGUAGGUGCGCAUCUGCAGCAAUCCAGGAGGAAGUGGAAGGAAGUGGUGCUGUACAGGGCAUAUGGCAUGGUCCAGGUUUUCACGAUGACCAGCCACGGCAGGCGGUUCCAUCGAACCCUAGAGUACACAACGAACGCGCAGUUGACGCUGCACGCGAUGCAGCCAGACACCGACUGCAGCCAGGAGCGCCCUCCGUUCCCGCCGUGGGGUAGGCACCAGGCGGGGCAGCCCGACGUGGAGCCACAGCCGCCGCCGCACCCGCCGUCGGUGUCCAUCUUCCGGGGCAGCGUGGGGAACCCGGCGCAGCAGGAGUUCGUGCCGGCACGGCUGAUGUACGGGCUGCUGCCCGCGGCCAUCCUCGAGCAGUACAACCUCUGGCAGUCGACGGAGGGGGGCUUCUCCAUCCGAGGGGCAGCCGCCGACGGGGACACGAGCAGGCGCCUCGAGGUCUCGCUGGUGGCCCGGGCCAUGGCGGCCGGCACGGCGGAGGAGGAGCACGAGGAGCCCGAGGCCGUCUGCGCUCGCGUGGAGGCGACCUUCAAGAGCGGGGACAGAGCGACCCGCUACGUCCUGCUGAAUCCUCUGACGGCCCCCGCGGGCACGCCGCUCUACUCCGUUGCGCG